AUGAAAUUGGACGCGGUCAGGGAAGUUUAUACUGCUCGUAUCUACUUGAAAGACGGGCGGGGAAGCUCGCUGCUAGCGGCAGGGUGCAACAUAACGGAUGUUAGAUUGGCUCGUGGGCCAGCUCAGAAACUCUUAUCGCACCGGCCCACCGCGGACACUCUGCACGCAAACGGGCUGCUCUUCCUGUCCGAUAACCGCUACGGUCUCGACCCAUGGGCUGCGUCGCAAGCUUCUCAACUCCGCACUCUAUCCCAAGAGCAGUGGGGAAGCGGUGCCGCACACGAUGGCUGGCUGCAGCAGAACCUCAGCUGGAGACCCCACGGGGAAACCGAUCUCCGCGCGAGCCUGCUUGCAAUGCUGCCUCUAUCGAUCAUUCAUCGCGACUACUCUAGGGACUCGCAUGGUGACGGCUAUGCUGUGCAUCCCGAUGCAGGAACUCUCCUUAGCAAAGCUUCUCAGAGGGAUCACGUUCCGUUUCACCAUGCAGCUCCUGACCACCUGAUUGUUGAUCGCCAGGUGGGUAUAGCCCGUGGCUCAUACGGAUCCAACAGGUUUACGCUAUUCGUAUCGGCCCGCGCGGCUGUCUAUUCAUGUUGGGGUGCCAAACACAGUUCAAAGCAGCGUGAACAGGUGGGCAAGUACCAUCAUUUCAGCAUCUAUAUGGCGCACAUGAAAGCUGUCAAACACGGAUCGGUCGGAGAACUAUACCUGCGUUGGAAAUCUGGCCGUGGUGUUAGGUGUCAAUGCCACCCAGGGCAAGCUCACUCGCAUUAG